CAAGAAUCAAGAUAUCAAGAAACAAAUCAUCUUUCCUCUGCUUGCUACAGUCACCUGUACCUAUAGCAUUCCUCUAUCUGUCAGCCCGAUCUGUACCAUCUUUUCCCAGCCGCAAGGCCAUUAUUCGAAAAUACUGAUCAGGUCGUUCCUGUUGCGCCCUCCUCAGUGGAGACGGCUACCUCGUUUCAACAUGGCUUUCAAUGCUGCUUCUCACAACAUCACCGGUAGCCCGACUGGCUCUCCCUCCGGUCCUCCUCCACCUGUGUCCUCCGAAACCACCUCCAAAAUCAACGAGGGAGCCAAGAAGGAUUCUCUCGGUCAGAAUGUGCCUGGCACGGACAAGUUGAACAACAACCAGGGACAGACUGUCAUGGGCGAAGCAGGAAAAGAAAAGACUGCCAAAGAAAUUGAGAAGGAUCGCAAAAAGGCUGAGAAACUCGCAAAGUUCCAAGAGAAACAGUCCAGAAAACAAGCACCCGCUACCAGCGAAGCAAAAGCGCCAAAGGAUAAGAAGAUCAAGAAACCUGCGGCGGUCGACGCAUAUGAGCCACAGAAGAUCGAGGCCGAUCGCUAUGAGUGGUGGGAGAGCAAGGGCUUCUUCAAACCCCAAUUCACAAAAGAUGGAAAGAUCAAACCAGAAGGCAAAUUUGUCAUUCCGAUUCCACCACCCAACGUCACUGGUUCACUUCACAUGGGCCACGCUCUCACCAAUGCCCUUCAAGACACCAUGAUUCGACAUGCCAGAAUGCAGGGUAAGACAACAGCUUGGAUUCCUGGUUGUGACCAUGCCGGCAUUGCCACCCAGAGUGUUGUCGAGAAAAUGGUCUACAAGACGGAGGGCAAGACACGUCAUGACCUAGGAAGAGAAGGUCUCCUCGAAAGAAUCUGGACCUGGAAAGAGAAAUACCAUGGAAACAUUACCAAUCAACUCAAACGAUUGGGAGGUUCAAUGGAUUGGUCGAGAGAAGCCUUCACCAUGGAUGACAACCUGUCCCUUGCUGUCCAAAAGACAUUCAUCGAUCUAUUUGAAGAAGGCACCAUCUACAGAGCCAACCGCCUCGUGAAUUGGUGCUCAGCCUUGAGUACCUCUCUAUCGAAUCUCGAGGUCGACAAUAAAGAGCUGGCCGGACGCACCAAGCUGAAGGUUCCCGGCUACGACAAGAUGAUUGAGUUCGGUGUCCUCACCUACUUCAAGUACCCCAUCGACAAUGGUGAUGCCGCCACCAAGACCUCGACAUCUCCUGACCGGUACAAGAACCACGAAUUCAUCGAGAUCGCCACCACCCGUCCUGAGACCAUGCUCGGUGAUACCGCUAUUGCCGUCCACCCCGAUGAUCAACGAUACAAGAGCCUUGUGGGCAAGUACGCCAUCCACCCCUUCCUGCCAAAUCGGAAAAUCAUCAUUAUUGCAGAUGAGGAGGUUGAGCAGGAUUUCGGUACUGGAGCAGUCAAGAUCACCCCUGCGCACGAUCCCAGCGAUUUCACAAAGGGAAAGAAGCACAACCUAGAGUUCAUCAACAUUCUCAACGAUGAUGGUACUUUGAACGAGAACGCCGGUUCUUAUGCCGGCCAAAAACGUUUCGAUGUGCGUUACGCUGUGAUCAAUGACCUGAAAGCCCUUGGCCUCUAUUCCAAGCAGGAGGACAAUGCCAUGACAAUCCCCAUGUGCCAACGUAGCAAGGAUGUGGUCGAACCCGUUCUGAAGCCUCAAUGGUGGAUGAAGAUGACUGAAAUGGCUCAAGAGGCCGACAAAGCUGUGCUGGAUGGCAGAAUUAAGAUCAAACCUGAGAGUGAAUCCCGUCGAUAUCACUCUUGGAUGCAAAAUAUCCAAGAUUGGUGCAUUUCGCGCCAGCUCUGGUGGGGACAUCGGGCUCCGGCCUACUUCAUCCAACUCGAAGACGGCUCCAGCGAUGAUGCGGAUGGAAAAUACUGGGUCGCUGCGGCCGACGAGAAAGAAGCACAGUCCAAAGCCGAGAAGAAGUUUCCCAACCAGAAAUUCACAUUGCAUUGGGAUGAGGAUGUGCUUGAUACCUGGUUCUCCAGCGGAUUAUGGCCCUUCUCAACGCUGGGAUGGCCAAAAGAAACAUCCGACCUGCGAGAGCUGUAUCCCACUUCCAUUCUCGAAACUGGUUGGGAUAUCAUCUUCUUCUGGGUGGCUCGCAUGGUGAUGCUGGGCAUCAAGCUGACCGGCGACGUUCCAUUCACCGAAGUGUAUUGCCAUUCUCUGAUUCGAGAUGCAGAAGGACGAAAGAUGUCCAAAUCGCUCGGCAACGUCGUUGACCCUCUCGACAUCAUUCGAGGCAUCACACUCGAUAACUUGCACAAGACACUCUAUUCUGGAAACUUGGAUCCCGCAGAAAUCGAACGUGCCAAGGCAUAUCAAAAGUCGGCCUUCCCCAAGGGUAUCGAAGAAUGCGGUGCUGAUGCUCUCCGAUUCACCUUGGUCAAUUACACAACCGGUGGUGGAGACAUUGCAUUUGACAUCCGGGAAAUCGAGGCCAAGCGACGAUUCUGCAACAAAAUCUAUCAAGCAACCAACUUCGCUCUCGGCCGUCUAGGAGAUGGAUUCGUCCCGAACGCGAAACUCACAGACAAUCAGCCCAAGUCAUUGGCCGAGAAAUGGAUCCUGCAUCGCCUCAACGUCGCCACCAAGGAAAUCAACCGAGCCAUGGAAAAUCGAGAAUUCUCCGUCGUGGCCGGAACUCUGUAUCAGUACUGGUUCAACGCUCUCUGCGACACAUUCAUCGAAAACUCCAAACCAAUUCUCACCGCAGAAGCCGCCGCCGCCGACCGAGAAUCCGCACAACAGACCCUCUACACCGCUCUUGAAGGAGGUCUCCUGCUCAUGCAUCCACUCAUGCCCUUCCUGACCGAACACCUCUGGCAAAAGCUCCCUCGCCGCCAAGGCGACAGCACCGAAAGCAUCAUGAUCGCCAAAUUCCCCGAAUACCACUCCGAACUCGACAACGAGGCCGCAGCCCAAGAAUACGAAUUCAUCAUGGACGUCGCGGCCGGCGCCCGCAGCUUAUUCUCACAAUACGGAUUCAAAGAACCCGGCAACGUCCUGAUCCAAACCUAUUCCGACUCUGCAUACAAAACAGCAUCAGCCGAGAAAACAGCGCUUAAGUCUCUGAGUGGUAAAUACGCAGGGGAAAUCGAAAUCGUUCCUCCACCGAGUGCGGAUUCACGUCCACCUCCUGGCUGUGCCCUCCAGAGCAUCAAUGCCGAUGCAGCGGUGUUCUUGAAGAUUGUGGGUAGAAUUGAUAUUGACGAGGAGUUGAAGAAGAGAGAGAAGGCGAUUGAAGAUGCGAAGGUCAAGGUGGAGAAGAGUAAGAAGAUUAUGAGUGGAGCAGGUUGGGCGAAGGCGAGUAAAGAGACGCGAUCGAAGGAACAGGAGAAAUUGGCCGAUAGUGAAAGUGAAGUGCAGAGACUGCAGGAGGCAUUGAAGGAUUUGGAGAGGUUGAAGCUGGAGGGUUGAAUGAAUAGAGAGAGAGGGAGAGAGGGAGGGAGUCUUUUUCUUAACAGAUGGUUGUUGAUAAGAUGACCGCGUAAAAAUGAAUGUAUUGCUACCACUGGUAUUGCAAGAGAAGGAAAAGGGGGGGAUUUACAGAUCCAGAUACUUUUCAAAUAUCACUCACUCACUGUUCGAAACAGAAUAGAGCAAGAGGAGGGACGUGGAAUAAGGGUCUGCAGAGUACACAAAUUUCAGGUUUCAGUUCUCAAUUCUCUAUACAAAGAGAGAUAUUCUACAUUCAUUCCACGAGCCGUGAGAGCUCACGGACCCUUUUAAAUCUUAC